UAAGCGUUGUUUACAUGUGUCACAUUGUAGCGACAGAAGCUUGGUGUAGUCCUGUAUAAUCACAUGGACUUUUAUUAUAAUUUACCAUCUCCUCUUCAUUAAUCUCUGCAAUGCAUCUCAUUGUUUCCCAGUUUGCAUCAUGCCUCUUCUGACCAAGUCCAAGGGAAGACGCAGGUGAGCAGACCCAAUGCUGCGUCUGAUACACCGCCCCCUGUGGAGCCCUGUCUGCCCCGUUCCUCCAGGCCCAUGGCUGGCUCUCCUCUGCUCCUACUCCAGCCCUCCCAGCGCCCUCAAGGGCCAGGCCUCCACGGAAACCCGCCUCAACCCCCUCAACAUCCAGAUGCUGUCCCGGAACCUGCAGGAGCAGAUUUUCCGCGGGGCCCAGCAGAAGUAUGGGGAGGAGGAGGUGCAGAAGAGCAUUAGGCACCUCCAGCGACAUCAACUGUGGGGGAAGGAGACUUCGCUGCUGCCCGACGUGGAGCUGAGCCUCCCUCACAUGUAUGGAGAGGACAUUGACGGACACUUCCGCGUGCUGGCCCAGAAGCAGAGCCUGCCCUACCUGGAGGCUGCCAGCCUGCUCCAGCAGGGGGAACUGCCUCCCAUGCCCCAGAGCUGGGCCUGGCAGCUGGGCUGGACACGCUACGGGCCAGGUGGGGAGGCCCAGAGGGUGGACUUUCCUGAGGAACCUGGCCUGGUGUUUGAUGUGGAGGUGUGCAUGGCAGAGGGGAACUGCCCAACACUGGCCGUCGCUGUUUCACCCACUGCCUGGUACUCGUGGUGCAGUAAGCGUCUGGUAGAGGAAAGGUACUCAUGGUCCAGCCAGCUGACCCCCAGUGACCUCAUCCCCCUGGAGACCCCAGCCAACAGCGUACGCCCCCCGGGCGGGCAGUGGAAGGAGAGGCUAGUCGUCGGUCACAACGUCAGCUUUGACCGGGCACACAUCAAGGAGCAGUACCUGCUGAAGGGUUCUAAGACUCGUUUCCUGGACACCAUGAGUCUCCACAUGGCCAUCUCUGGCCUGACGGGCUUUCAGCGGAUGCUUUGGAUGGCCAGCAAGAAGGGCAAGAGGCGGGGUCUCCAGGAGGUCAAAGAGCACAUUAAGAAAGUGGGCCGUAGCAAGGAGGGUCCCAUGAUCGGCUCGUGGGACUGGGUGAACAUCAGCAGCAUCAACAACCUGGGGGACGUGCAUGCCCUUUAUGUGGGCGGGGCCCCGCUGCAGAAGGAGGCGAGGGAGAUCUUUGUCAAGGGCAGCAUGGCCGACGUCAGGAGCAACUUCCAGGAGCUGAUGCAGUACUGCGCUCUGGAUGUGGAGGCCACUCACCAAGUCUUCUCAGAGCAACUUCCAUUGUUUAUGGAGAGGUGCCCCCACCCUGUGACAUUUGCGGGCAUGCUGGAGAUGGGCGUGAGCUACUUGCCUGUCAAUCAAAACUGGGGGCGCUACCUGGAGGACUCCCAGGACACGUAUGAGGAGCUGCAGAGAGAGAUGAAGAAGUCCCUGAUGAGGCUGGCAGACGAUGCCUGUCAACUACUGCAGGAUGACAGGUACCAGCAGGACCCCUGGUUGUGGGACCUGGAGUGGGACACCCAGGAGUUCAAGCAGAAGAAGGUGACAUUGAGCAAGAAGAGGCGGUCUGAGAUCGAGGCAGCACCCAGAACCCCGCUGACCGACUGGGAGGAGGACCCAGGGCCCCCACCGGAGGAGGAGCUACUGGUGCCCCACCCCGGCAGAGAGGCUCUGGAGAGGCUGAAGGACACCGUGAGCAGGCUCCCCAAGAGGAGACAGCACCUGCCCGGGCAUCCAGGGUGGUACCGUAAGCUGUGUGCGCGGCUGAGCGAGGAGGAGAGCUGGUCUCCCGGAGCCGCUCUCCUGAGCCUCCAGAUGAGGGUGACUCCCAAGCUGAUGGGCCUGACGUGGGACGGCUACCCCCUGCACCACGCGGAGCAGCACGGCUGGGGCUACCUGGUCCCGGGGCGCAGGGACAACCUCGAGCCACCGGAGGACGCCACAGGCCCCGUCUGCCCACACCGGGCCAUCGAGAGUGUGUACAGGGAGCACUGUGACCAGAGGAGGACGGAGCAGCCUGACUGUCAGGACAGCGGCCCCUCAGACGACCUCAUGUUGACGGACACUGCAGUUUGGCAGACGGUGGAGGAGUUGAGCCGCCUGGAGAGCCCACCAGAUGAAGAGAACGGGGCGAGAGAGAUGAGCGCCAAGAAAAGAAAGGGACGCCAAGAUCUGAACUCGCACACACCAGGAGAGAGUCACUGCCCGUAUCACCAUGGAAACGGUCCCCGCAACGACGUGGACAUCCCAGGCUGCUGGUUUUUCAAGUUGCCUCACAAGGACGGGAAUGACAACAACGUGGGCAGCCCCUUCUCCAAAGACUUCCUGUCCAAGAUGGAGGACGGCACUCUGAGGGCGGGCCGGGGCGGCACCAACGCCACGCGCGCUCUGGAGAUCAACAAGAUGAUCUCUUUCUGGAGGAACGCCCACAAGCGCAUCAGCUCCCAGAGGGUGGUUUGGCUGAGGAAGGGAGAGCUGCCUCGAACCGUCAGCAGGCACAAGGACUAUGACGAGGAGGCGCAGUAUGGUGCCAUCUUACCCCAGGUCGUCACCGCGGGAACGGUGACGAGGAGGGCAGUGGAACCGACGUGGCUGACCGCCAGUAAUGCUCGGAGGGACCGAGUGGGCAGUGAGCUGAAGGCCCUGGUCCAGGUGCCCCCUGGGUACCACCUGGUGGGAGCGGACGUGGACUCCCAGGAGCUGUGGAUCGCCGCCGUGCUGGGGGAGGCUCACUUCGGUGGCAUGCACGGCUGCACGGCCUUCGGCUGGAUGACGCUGCAGGGGAAGAAGAGCCAAGGCACCGACCUCCACAGCCGCACGGCCGACACGGUGGGCAUCAGCCGCGAGCACGCCAAGGUCUUCAACUACGGACGCAUCUACGGCGCCGGCCAGCCGUUCGCCGAGCGCCUGCUCACGCAGUUCAACCACCGGCUCAGCCAGGAGGAGGCCGCCGGCAAGGCGCGGCAGAUGUACGCCCUGACCAAGGGCGUCCGGCGCUACCACCUGUCGGAGGAGGGGGAGUGGCUGAUGGCGGAGCUGGGCGUGGAGGUGGAGAGGGAGGAGGAUGGGAGCGUGUCCCUGCAGGAGCUGCGCCGGAUCAGCCGGCUGGCCGCCCAGAGCUCUCGGAGGAGGAAGUGGGAUAUGGUGGGCCAGCGCGUGUGGGCCGGAGGGACAGAGUCGGAGAUGUUCAACAAGCUGGAGAGCAUCGCCCACUCCCCUCAGCCGGCCACACCGGUCCUGGGGUGCCGGAUCAGCCGGGCUCUGGAGCCCCAGGCCGUCAGGGACGAGUUCAUCACCAGCAGGGUGAACUGGGUGGUGCAGAGCUCGGCGGUGGACUACCUCCACCUGAUGCUGGUGGCCAUGCGCUGGCUGAUGGAGGAGCACCACAUCGACGGCCGCUUCUGCAUCAGCAUCCACGACGAGGUCCGCUACCUGGUGCGCAGCCAGGACCGCUACCAGGCCGCUCUGGCGCUGCAGAUCACCAACCUGCUCACACGGUGCAUGUUUGCCCAUGCCCUGGGCAUGCAGGACCUGCCGCAGUCCGUGGCGUUCUUCAGCGCGGUGGACGUGGACCAGUGUCUGAGGAAGGAGGUGACCAUGGACUGUGUGACGCCCUCCAACCCCACGGGCCUGGAGCGCAGAUACGGCCUGCCCCAGGGUGAGGCGUUGGAUAUCUAUCAGAUACUGGACAUCACUAAAGGCUCUCUGGACAAAACAACAUGACAGUCUGCUUCCUGUGGAGUGGUGCAGUGUGGGAAACCAUGGUCCUCCACGGCCGAGCGCACUUCCAUCACUUC